UCCCCCCAUUCCCAUUACUCACCAAUUUUACUCUCUAAUCUUCAUCUUCAUCUCCUGCUGCUGCUGCUGCUGCUGCUGCUGCUGUACCAUUCUUUCAGUAUUUUUCUCAAACACCUACUCGGGUGUAUUGCUAUUUGCUAGCAGACCCAUCCAUUGGCGGCGCUAUGUCCACGUCGGCGGAAGCUAAUGGUGCGAUUAUUGACCCAAAGCAGAGGCAGCAGCAGCCGCCGCCCUCCAAUGGAGCCUUAGUUGUCAAGAAGCCGCCCGCCAAGGACCGCCAUAGCAAGGUUGAUGGCCGAGGCAGACGCAUACGCAUGCCGAUUGUGUGCGCCGCCAGAGUAUUUCAGCUCACAAGGGAGCUCGGCCACAAAUCCGAUGGCCAGACUAUUGAGUGGCUCCUCCGCCAGGCCGAGCCAUCUAUUAUAGCCGCCACUGGUACUGGCACCAUCCCUGCUAGCUUCUCUACUGUCUCUGUCUCGGUCAGGAACUCCUCCUCCACCACCAGCCCUUCUAUCUCCGCGCCGCUCGAUCAGAAGCCGUCCCACUCCUUGAUUUCAUCCGCUCCCUUCAUUCUCGGGAAGCGCCUCCGCUCAGAGGAAGAUGGUCUCGACGGAGGUGGGAACAAGGACGACGUCGCCGGCACAGCCACUGUCGUGGGUCCCACUGCUGGAUUUUGGGCUAUCCCUCCCAGGCCGGACUUCGGCCAGGUGUGGAGCUUUGCGGCGGCUCCUCAUGAGAUGGUGGUACCCACACCCGCAUUGAAUUCCCACCCUUCCCGGUUUCUACAGCAACAGAUGGGCGAGGCGUCGGCAGCUAGGGUUGGGAAUUACUUGCCCAUAGCACAAGGCCACCUCAAUUUGCUAGCUUCUCUAUCAGGUCCUCCACCUCCUUCAUCCGGCCGAAGAGAUGACGACGGACGUUAAAGCUAUGGCUAUUAUCUUACUGUUAAUAUGGCGAUAUAUAUAUAUAUAUGUGUGUGUGUGUGUGUGGGGCUGUUGCUGUCUGUUAUUGUUGUUGUGUAGAUGAAAAAUUGUUGUUAAUUUUAGGGUUUAGGGUUUAGCGAGUGAAGAAUGAAAGUAGGGUUGCGCACUUGAUGAAUUAAACUUAGGCGGUUUGCUUCAUUCCAUUUCUUAGUCUUUCAAUUUCUCCAGUUUUGGGUGUUUGGUGAUGAAUUGGUGGUGGGAAGUCCUCCACCUUGGGCACAACACAAUGCUCAUAAUAAAUUCAAUUGUUCACCUGGGUCAUUAGAAGAUAUACUAGGGUCUGCUUUGUGGACUAUGAAGAAAUGUAGUUCCACACGUGUUCAUGAAUGUUUUGUAAUGAAGCCAAGGAGGUUUCAAGUCAAUAACAUUUCUGUAAUUUGUUGCUCAGCUAGCUAGCUAGCUUGCUAAAAUAUGAGAUGAGUGAUUUGGACUUCAUUACUGUGCAAAUAUAUAUAUAUGUUUGUGUUCCAUUG